AUGGACCAGCAUUGGACGUGGCUGUGGGUGGUGCUGCUGUGUGGUGAGUUGCUUCUGCUCAUCAGUCUCUUAGCCACCACAGCCGACUACUUCUUUGUGCCUGCGCUGUGUGUCAUCGCGCGUGCUCUUCGCCUGUCGCCUUCUGUGGCUGGCAUUACACUGGUUGCAUUUGGCAAUGGUGCCCCCGAUGUGUUCACCGCGUAUGCUGCGCUGCAUGGGCAG